CACACAUAUCGUCAUAAAUCCUAUGAAAUAUCUCGUUUUUCAGCUCAGUAGCUUUUCUUUUCCCCGUCUACAUUACUGUUCUUCAAUCCCUAUACCAGGCAUACAACCUGCGUUCCAAAGUUUGUUUAACGCGAUCUUUUCUUGGGGAGUACCACUUUGCGAGCCUCGCUCCCAGGAUAUAUAGAUUUGAGCUGAGGUGAGUUUGGAGGGCAUCUGGUCUCAGGAAACAUUACAGUGUUGUAUUCAUGGAUGCUGUACUGAUUUGUAUUGGGUGUAGCUUGAGAAUUGAUACCUUCUCACGAACAUAUUGAAUCUCCUAUGAUCGUAGAACGUAACGAAGCGGAAUACCCCUACCAGAGCCCAGUCGAAGCCAAACGAUAACGUGGGAAUCGACUUUGAAGAAAAGGGCCAUUAUUAUCGAUCGUUGUCGUGUAUUUUGGUGCUUUCGCACGAAUUUGAGAUCGUUAGUUCACCACGAUUUAACGAUGGCUGAUGAAGAUAAGGAUCUCAAUCAAAAGACUGUCCUCGGGCAUGAUGACUGGGGAAUGUUUUCUACCACUGCCAAAAAGGAUAAAAAAGGAAAGGACGGUAAAGCUACAUUCGGAUUUGAUGAACAAGCAAAGACCGAGGAACAUCUUGUAACACAACCAGAUUCCGAAUUCUCCAUCGCAGGACAAGGAUCAGGACCCGCCUCUGCUGUACCGAAGAAACAAUUUCGGCACUCGAUGGCAGAUUUCGAAUUGACGCGACAGGAAUUCAUCGCAAGAGGAGAAAUUAUUCCUCCGUCUGCCCUACAAGAGCCACGGAAACUUUGGGUGAAAGAUGGAAGAAACGCGGCUAAAGAUGUGAAGAAGGGUAUGGUAGUAGAAUUUCUGCCGGAUUAUGUGCCUGGUCCACCAGCCGAUGAUGGCCCUCUAUCUCACAAAAGGCAACUUUUGAAUGCAAGCUCUACUUCUGGCAGAGCUACAAGCCAAGAGAUUGAAGAUGCGGAGAUUAGUUUUGACAGUAUCGUUGAAGGUGGUCGUCGCAAGCGAGCGAAGGUUGAAAAUUCGGUAAUUUAUAACAUCCUACCAAUAACGGAAGAGCCAAAUACUAAAAUUUGUUUUAGCAGCUACCCCUGUUUGCCCCUUCACAAAUUCCCGCGGGUAACGUAUAUAUCACCCCUUCAGUCUCAGAAGAAAGCAGAAAGCCGAGAGCAAAAACCAACGCUCCCACUCCUCAGAAUUCAAUGGUUCCCAGCGCGGGUCACGACAAUGAACAUAACCUUAUAGGCAUCAGAAGUCCUUCACCGAAUAAUGAAGACGUAGCUCACAAAACUCCUGAACCAUACGAUGGAUUGUCAACAUAUCCUUCUUCAUCCUCCGGGUCACGUCAAUUGAAGCGUCAUCGGGAGUACCCUUCUUCAUCGAUGCUCGAAGGAAGUUACGCGAUUAAGAAGGGCAGAAAAGGACCGCUAACUGAUGCACAACGAAAGAGUGCGAAGAGUAUCAGGCGGGUUCCAAGGUCUAUUUGUGAGAAGCAUCAAAAGGCUCGCGAAAAGGUAAGAAACCUGGUCAUUGCUCCGUACACGCUAUCAAAAGUUAUUAUACUACAAGUCUGGUACAAGUAAAUCAAUUGUCCUAUUUUACUCAGGUUAAUGAUGAGGGAGAAGUAUUGGUUGUUCUAAACUAUUUGUAUAAUUGAUUUAGUUGUAUGAGGUCGUUAAUAUAAUAAUAUUUUUAUAACUUAGGCGUGUACAGAGUAAUGCCCGACUCUCUUAGGAAUCACGGCAUUGCGCAGUGUAAAAAUGCUAAUCAAAUGUAGUGCGAUCCAGAAAAAUGUCCCGACAACACUCUUUACGGUGCUGAUACUGUCGUCGACACAGACGAUGAUUCCAUGAAUAGUCAGGGUCACUGUGAUCCGGACUUGCAAAGUGUUAUGUCCUUCAACCAUGAUAUUCAUGAAAACCCUCCAUGUGUUUUCUUUCUCUGGCGAGAAGGUUAUGCUUGCUUCCAGCAAUACCCCAGAUGCCAGUCAUCCUGAUAGGCCUACAUCCAAGUGUAAGCCAUACUUUCUACCGGUGGCUAUACCUGUACACUAAUUUUCCCAAGUAGACUCUAUAGGCACUGGAGCACGAGCUGUUAAAACAGAUGAUGGAAGUGAAAUAAGACAUGAGUUGCGCUCGCAAGAGGCCUCAGACGCGCACACCACUCCGCUUCUUACCGAAGAAGGCAGAAAGACGAGCGCGAGAAGAAAGUCGUCUUCUACUAUUUCUGCAUUUUCCAAUAUGCGUCAAGAGAACGAUAGCACAAGCGCUGGAACGAAUACCAAAUUGAGAAGUCCUUCUGCAGAUUCACGUCUGAGUAUUAACCUUGAAGUAAACUCUCAUACUUCUAGCUCCACUUCAACCACCACCAUCACCGCACCUGACGUCGAUUCAGACUGGAAUGACGACUCGGCAGACCUCUCAUCAGUCCUAGACCUUGAUGAUGAACCACGAGAAGAACGGAUUUCAGACCCCAAGGCUUACUUUCAAAAUCUUGCUGCAUUGGAAAGAGUCUGGUAUAGGCGCAUAAAAAAGUGGUUGCUCUUCAGGCGCCGUCGAUGACGAUUCGUUCCUUCAGCCUCCUGCUGUGUCCACACCGCUCAGUGUCGAUAGCGAAGAAAUCAUAGCCCUUAUCCGUUCUACGAAAUAUGACAAGCUUCUUAAUCUAUGGGAAAUGUACAACCUUGCUGUACGGGCUUGGAAGAACGUAACUUGCCUUCAGAACUCUGGCUUUUGUGGUGUUUCUUUAUCAUUGUUGGCGAUGGACCAGGAUCGAACAGAUGUCGCUAAGAUCCUGCGACUUGACGUCCAACCAAUUCUCGAACUUGUGCAAGAUAUUGAAGAUAUUCUAAAGACUUCGGUAAUCAGAAUCUCGCAGAUACAGAAGGUAGCAUCUACUCGAAGGUCUGCCAAUUGGUACAUCGAGAGUCAAGAUCGGGAACGCCUCGUUACUACUCGAUCGAUGGGCCUCCUAAGUCCUAUGGGCCUUUUGCUCCAUUUUCCCUCUAUGCACUUGUAUGAUAAUGCUUCUUUUAUCUGGCAAUGCGCUUUUCAAACUCUUGACCUGAUUACGCUUUCCUACGCUGGAACGCAUAUUCAGCGAUUCGACCUGGAUCUUAUGGAUAUCGAGGUUGAAUCACUUCAGAUACCCCGCAGGUUCAUCUACCACGAUAAGACCCUUCGAGAUAUCGCCUCAUCAGUAUCGUGUUUCAAGACAUUUUCCUACCGACGUCGUCGGCUACAAUGCUUAGACAAGCUUCUGGGUAAGAAACAACCUUGGGUUCUUCAUCAGGACUUUUCGAGCAAUGGAGAAGAAAGAUUUAGCUUGUCGACGACCAUUGAAGCUCUCACGGAUCUUUGAGGCCCUUCAUGGAGAAUUAUGGAGAAUUCUAAACCCGAAUGUAUUAAGCAAUUCGACAUUGGCAACGGAUCCAUCGUGCCUUGGUCAAGAAAUAACAGUGAUCAGGAAGUGGAUAUGGAUUUAUUCUUUUCGGAAGUCUUCUGUCAUUGGAUAGCAUGUUCGGAUUGGAACGACAGCGAGCUUGAAUUGCACCAGUCUUCACUGCAGAGACGAUAUUUCCUCGAGUCAGAUAUCCUCUUGAUAGGUGCAAGCGUCGAUCUUGGCCUUCAAGUCAAUGAAAACUGCACGUCGUCUUUAGCACGACUGUCUAGCAUGAAGACAAAGUUGUACCAGCAGGGAGGGCUGAGGAGCCGGAAUACAUCUAGGUCUUAACGAUACAUUGAUUCUCACGCCGUGCAGGUUCAGGGAACAGCUAUGGGAAUUAUUUCCGCUGCAGGAAUUGUCACCUACAAACGUCGAGGAGGCCAUACGAUGAAGGACGCCUUAGUCGAACGGUGGAGGCACAACUUCCGGAACCCAAUGGAUCUCGAGGCAUUUAGUGGGGUUGAAAUAUCUCUUUGUACGGGUAAUGCGAGGAGGAGAAGAUUGUUACAUCUCCUUGGUUCCCCUACCAUACGCAAUUAUCUUCAUGGCAUUGCAUUUCCAUGGAUUUCGAAAGAUUGCGAGUACUCGUAUUUCAAGGCUCUAAGGUGCCCGAAGUCGUUUCGGAGGUUUUGGAAAGGUAAUCCAGAUUAUCGAGAAAACGUUGGGAAUGCUAUCUCAACUUGUCUGGACGCAUUGGAGGAGACUGGUGUCAACGAAGAGAGUCGCGAGCUUAGAGGUUUCUGGGUCGACUCUUUCGACUCUGAUGGAGAAUCUGAUGGUGAAUCAGAUGAUCGCGGUGAUCAACAACCGUCAACCUCAGGUCCAGAUAAACACUUCUCAUGUUUCUUUGAAGAAUGGAUUGUGACUUUAUUCAGAUCUGAAUAUACUUGGACUGGGUUUCUAGAAGACUCGGAGAAGUCUUUGACAAUGGCCGUUGUAGGAAUGGCAUGUCUUGACUUUGACCACGGGGGUUACGGGAGAAGGUGCUCUCAGGCGUUUUGCACAGCUAAGAAGUCAAACUCGAGAGCUUACCCAGUACUUCAGACAUCUCUUCAACUUAAUGACUCAAUCCUCAAGAGCGAGAAGUUGAAGCGUGGAAAACUUGAUAGGGCGGGAAAGAUUGUGUGGGAUGCGACAGAUGUCAGGAAAGGAACUUCCUUCUCUCUAGGCGAUCAUGGCACUUUGAAAGUGCUCACUCCUCCAAGUGAUACUUGCCCUUUGAUUGUGGAGUGGAAUGGCGUCAAAUCAGAGACCCUGAAAGAAGUCAAAAAUGUUGCAAUCAAUGAGAAAUUACUAGGCAGAAAUGCGGAGAGGCACCAUCGCGAACAUACAAGAGGGACAUGGGAGUCUAGACCACUGCCUGUUUUGGUUUUGUCAAAGUCUGCAAAGACUACACUAUCACAUUGA